CUCGGCUGCCGCCUUCUCACACAGACAGGAAUCCGCUUACAGAGCGUCCAAAUUAAAAAGGGACCUUCGCGUUUCACUUGAUAAUUCUCGAUUGUCUUCACUCCGCGAAUUAUAGAGGAAGUGCAACGGCAAACCGCACGGCUCCGUUUGUGCUUCGCAGACGUUUGAAUUCUCGCUUUGUUUAGUUUCUUUUUUCCCCCUGGAAGUAUUCUUUUUUAACACAAGGACGUGUUCUGUAGCGACGCGAAGCACGACCCCGACUUCAGUAGACAUGUGUAUGAGACAAGACUGCCAAUGCAAGACCCUCCUCGCGCUUUUGGUUCUCGGGGCUGCCGUGGUCAACGUACAUGGACAAGCUCCAAAGGAAAGCAAUGGCAUCAGUAGGAGAACACCAGACCCUGCCAGGGACUCCAUAACACAGGACACAGAGAGCGAAGUGCACUCUGUUACCACUGUCUCGCCAAUGAACAUCCCCAACCACCGGCCUGUUCUCGAGGGCCUGCGGUUUCAUGAACACCUACUAACAAGGGAUUUCCAGGGGGACCAGCACUUUUUUAGGAGCGAUGGCUCUGUGGCAAAAUAUUCCACCAUGCCAGGCUCUGUGUCCGCCUCAGAUGCAGGAGACCCUGUCACUCAGCUGGUACCACAUGCAGAUGCCCCACCUUUCUCAGACGUUGCCACAACUGCCACUGAGGCUGCCACCUCACCACUGACCACAUUUACUCCCACAACACCAAGGCCACCCAUGUCUCUCCCUCAAAAGAUGUCCUCUAAGACAAGGGGGGCUGACAAGGUAGAGCCAACAACAGAUUUCCUCACCACUCAAGUGACACCAAAUAAUAUAGGUUCAAUCAAUGAAAACCCAGUGGCUUCCUUAUCAUUGCAGAGAAGUCAGCCUCAAAGUUGGAGUCCUUCUCCUGCAGAGGCCACACUUGCACCCUCCUCGAUGAAGAUGGAGAAAGGGGAGGCUAGGGAGACUGCACUAAAAAACAAAACCAGCCCAGAUUAUCCACUCCCCAACCUCAUUACCCGAGCAGAAGAGCCAUGCAGCUUGAAUUUCACUGACCCUGAGGGUAACAUCGAAAUCCUGCAGCAACUUGACUCUGGAGGGGAGUGUAACUAUCUGGUUACGGUCUACCUGGGAUAUGGCAUUGAGGUUCAGGUGUUAAAUGUGAGUGUGUUGGAGGGAGAGCAGGUGACAGUGGAGGACACAGGUGGCCGAGAGCCCUUCAUCCUUGCCAAUGAGUCACUCUUGAUGAGGGGCCUUGUACUACGCAGCUGGAGCAACCAGAUCUCCAUUCGAUUUCGUAGUGACCAACAGCACAACUCCGGAUUUCUCCUGCUGCAUUACCAAGCCUUCGUGCUGAGCUGUGCAUUUCCCAAAGAGCCUGCUGGUGGAGAAGUUACUGUGACGCACCUCCACGCUGGCGGAGAAGCCUACUUUCGUUGUUUCACCGGCUACAAGUUGCAAGGCCCCAAAAUGCUCGCCUGUCGUAAUGCAACCACACCAUACUGGAGUGGAAAGGAGCCUCGAUGUGUGGCAUCCUGCGGGGGAAUGAUGAAAAAUGCCACCUAUGGUCGUAUCGUCUCUCCUGGUUUCCCUGGCAACUAUAGCAACAAUCUGACGUGCCACUGGGUCCUGGAGGCCCCUGAAGACCACCGGCUUCACAUUCACUUUGAGAAGGUGGCUCUGGCAGAGGAUGAUGACAGGCUGCUGAUUAAGAAUGGGAACAACAUAGACUCUCCUCCUUUGUACGACUCCUAUGAGGUUGAGUAUUUGCCAAAUGAGGGUGUGCUCAGUACUGGACGUUACUUGUUUAUAGAGUUCACCACAGACGGGACCAUGACCUCCACUGGUGCAGCCAUCAGAUACGAAGCUUUUGCGAAAGGCAUGUGUUAUGAGCCUUUUGUGAAGUACGGCAACUUCACCGGCAGCGACUCCACCUAUAGUGUGGGUGCAGUGGUUGAAUUUUCAUGUGACCCUGGCUACACGCUGGAACAAGGCUCCGUAGUGAUUGAGUGCGUGGACGCACAAAACCCACAGUGGAAUGAGACUGAGCCGGCUUGUAGGGCUGUUUGCAGCGGAGAGAUCACAGACUCAGCCGGUGUGGUGCUGUCUCCUAAUUGGCCUGAGGCUUACGACAAGGGUCAGGACUGCAUCUGGGGUAUCCAUGUGGAAGAGGACAAGAGGAUCAUGCUUGACAUCCAAGUUCUCAACGUCGGUAAGAAUGACCUGCUGACCUUUUAUGAUGGAGAUGACCUGACGGCAAACAUCCUAGGCCAGUACAGCGGCACACGGCCACACUUUAAGCUCUAUACCUCCAUGGCAGAUGUCACUAUUCAAUUUCAAUCGGAUCCUGCAACCAACAUCUAUGGCUACAACAACGGCUUUGUGGUCCACUUCUUUGAGGUUCCAAGGAACGACACCUGCUCUGAGCUACCGGAGAUCACCAAUGGCUGGAAGAGCACGUCCCACCCUGACCUCAUCCAUGGCACCGUCAUUACCUACCAGUGCUACCCUGGGUAUGAGCUGGUGGGCUCGGAGAUUCUCAUGUGCCAGUGGGAUCUCACUUGGAGCGGUGAUGUGCCGAGAUGUCAGGAAGUUUUGACAUGUCAGGACCCUGGAAAUGUGGAGUACAGUCAUAAGGUGAUCACAGGCAACCGUUUCGCCGUCGGAUCGACAGUGCAGUUUUUCUGUAAUAAAGGCUACAUCCUGUCUGGCAGCAGCCUCCUCACCUGCUACAACCGAGAUUCAGCAACACCCAAGUGGAACGAGAGGCUGCCCAAGUGUGCCCCUGAAAAGUACGAGCCAUGCAGGAACCCCGGCGCUGCCUCCACCAGUGUGCAGAGCUCUGAAAAGGCCUUUUACCAAGCGGGAGAGAUGCUGACCUUCUCCUGCCAUUCAGGCUAUGAGCUGCAGGGUGGUGCCACCAUUUACUGUAUCCCUGGACACCCGUCACAGUGGAACAGCACUCCCCCUGCCUGCAGAGCAUCCUCAACCCAGUAUGUGAACGAGCGCAGGCUAGAUGUUGUUAACGUGGAUUACAGCAUGGAGGGAACCAAUAUUGCCCUUGCAGUUUUGAUUCCUACUGCAAUCGUCUUGGUGGUUGUCCUCGGGAUUUAUGUCUACUUUGCAAAACUCCAAGGAAAGACUAUCAGAAUGCCGACAUCCUUGCCACCGUAUGACAACAUGACAGAAGAGUCAGCUUUUGACAACCCUAUAUAUGAGAGCGGACCCUGGCAGUCUCAUUCUAGAUACUAAACCCUGACAGUCUGUCCACUUUGGCUGUACUGCUGAAGAGCUAUGAGGUGAGAUCUCCUUCUGAUGCUGAGGGCACGUCUCACUCACUGUCACCUGACCCUUUGUUUCGACUACCUCUCCAAACCGGCGGCACAUUCUGAUCUGGUUGAUUAAUGACCGUUAGGCUAUUUCUUUUAUUUACACUGGAUGGCUAAAACCACGUCUGUAUUUCCAGACCACGCUAAUGUAAGUACAGCAUACAGAACAUCUGGCUGGUGAGAAAUGUAAACCCAAUGUUAGUACAGUCAUGAGACACGUGGCCUCUUGUGAAAUACAAAUCACGUUUGUUUCUACCUAAAGUGAUGAAUAACCGAUUGGAAAGAGUUCAGAGUCCCAUCUUCUUAUUGUUUUUGUUCACUUAAAUCCAGCCUCUUCCCCUUGCAUCUCAUGGCAUUCUAACAUCUCUGUAAAGUUGAGUAUAUGCGGUCAUUGUAAAAUAACAAUUGGAUGUGUGAUUGUGAAAUCUAUAUCACAUGCAAACUGGUUAUUAGUGUUCAUAUUGUCUUGUUGUCAGCACUUUAUUUCAGGGUGUAUAAGUCAUUAUUUAGUAUUUUGCUUAAGAGAUGAUUGAUAAAGUUGCCAACAGAUUAAUACAUGUAAAACAUAGAGAAAAAGAAUUGUCAGGAUUGGAUCGGAUAAAUCCUGAUGUGCAUCUUUUUAGUCUCUCAGAUGGUAUUGAUAGUAAAUGAUAAUGGCAACAAGGGUAAAAGUUGUCCACCGUAAAGUAACAUAUCCGAUUAUGUCUCUUCUCAUUAUGUUAAUAUUCCUGUUUUAGUCCCACCAAAUGGUUUGUGUAUGUUUUCUUAUCUUAGGUUUAUGUACAAAACAUUACUGAUAAAACAGUAUUCAUUUUAUAAUAAAUCCUUGUAAUGCCGACACUAUAAAGCAGAUACAUUUUCCCUUCAAAACUAACACAUGUCACUCAAAUCAAAAACACACACACACACAUAUACAUAUAUAUAUUAUAUAUACAUAUGUUUUAAAAUUGCAAAGUUAAUUUUGAUCUAUUUAAAACAAGUAUUAGUGCAAAUUGUACUAUCCUCUAUCAUUAUGAUUUCUUGUUGACUGAUGUAUUUGUCUGGUCUUUACAGGACAAAUGAAAAAGAUUAAGAGGUGUCCAUUUUGAGACCUUAAAGCAAGAAUUGCUCAAGCUUUGCCUUUUGGGACCCUCUCUGCACUGCUCAUCAUUGUCCUCCAACCGUUUUGUUCCCAAAUGAUUAGUUUUCAUUUUCCCUUUGUGUGAAAUACUGUAAAUAUGUCUUUCUGUCCACGGUCAAAUCUGUGAAGCUGUGGAUCACCAUGGUGAUAUUUUUAUAAAGUAAAAUGGUGAUGACCGUUGGUGAUUGUAUGUUCUUAAGUGCUUUUUGAUGCCCCAAUCCAGUAGCAAUUAAAGACUGAGGGAUAUGGUUUUUGAUCGUUGAAAUCUGUUGGAUACAAACUCUCCAUCACCCAACAUUCUUUGGAAAUUUGCCACCAUUACUGUACUUUAUUUUCUUUGUGUAUGGGUCUGCUCUUUGUAAAUAAACUAUAUAUGUCCAAUACGAGUGCCUCACGACUGACUAUAACCUGAUAAAUGACAUGUGACCAUGUU